GAACGUCCAGGAGCUCAGGCUCGGACGCGUUGAGUUUUCUCUUCUUCCAUGAGGCUAGCUGGUCUGCCGGUUCGACAUGUCGCAGCGGGCAACGGCCUCCCUGCGCGACCGCUCGGCGCUUCUUCCCGAGUACUACACUCCACCGGCGUCGGGACGGUCCUCCCCAUUCCAUCUCCAGCCGGGCGGUCAACGGUUUGCAGAUGAUCUUGAGGGUCAGAAUGACGAGCAUCUCGAGGGGCUAACUGCCAAGGUGAAGAUGCUGAAGGACAUCACGAUUGGUAUCGGCAACGAAGUGCGCGACUCGACCAUCCAGCUCACACACAUGAACGACGCCUUUGCCGAGACAUCUGGCAUCCUAUCUGGCACCUUUCGGCGGAUGAACAACAUGGCUACCCGUCAGGGCUGCCGGUGGCUGUGGUAUAUCGUAUUUCUCAUAAUCGUCUUUUGGUUCUUCAUCAUAGUCUGGUGGUUUCGACGACGAUGACAUCUACAAGCUACGCUGUCGCUCCGGUCUCGCAUAUACACGCAGUAUUCAUUCUAUCGGUGCAAUGCGCUAUUGCUUCCCAUCAGAUGUUCACCUUCUGUGACUUUGGGGAUUUUCAAUUGGUACAGCAACCAAGGCCGAGCAUCGGGGUUGGUGUCACUGCUAGA